AUGUUCCAAGCCACGAGGAUGAUCCGAUUCGCAACCUCGGCACGGACAACGAUCGUCACAACGGCCACGCGAGCGGCCUCGCUCUCAACGACGAGCGCGAUUCGCCAGCUCGAGUCGACGCCCUCCACUGCACCGAGUGAUACUACACCACCACCACCACCACCAUCCUCUACUUGUGCCACUCCGGAGGCUUCUUCUUCAUCGUCGAAUCCAACAGAGCUCUCUGAACCCAAACCCAAGUCCAAGCCGACCUGGACAAGGUACACCGAUCCGUUCUCGCUCUUUGCUCUUUUGCUCUUGCGCUCCUCCCACAAACUUCUGCAUCACUGACAACCUGACCCUACCCCUGAUGAACCCACGACAGACGCUCUUUGAAGCCAUCGCGCACGACGACAACGCCGACCGAGCUCCCCUCGUACCCAGCCCUGCACGCACUCGGCGCCUUUUCCCCCAUCCCCGUCCUCCCCUCUUCGACGCACUGCGCGACCCUAACCCUCCGUUCCUACACCCCCUCCCUCCACCACCUAACCUUCUACACCCAAUUCGUGCUCCGUUCCGCUCGUGCACUAGGUCUACGUACUUCGGGUCCUCAUCCACUCCCUCUAAAAACGCAAUUGAUCACCGUGCCGCGAUCACCUUUCGCGCACAAGAAAUCGCAACAGAAUUUUUGGAGGAGGACCCAUGCGAGGAGGGUCGAGGUGUACGAUGCGAAUGAGGAGGUGGUGGGGAUGUGGUUGGGCUAUUUGAGGAAGGAGGCGAUGGGGGGGGUGGGGGUCAAGGUGCAGACUUUUACGAGCAGGGAAUUGGGUUGGGCUAGUGGGUUCAGGAGGGUCGGAAGGGAGGGAAGGGAGGGAAGGGAGGGAAGGGAGAUUGGGCAGGAAGGUAUGGAUGAGGAGGUGGAGAGGUUGGCGAAAGAGUUGGAGGGGGAGAUCAAGUUGGGCUUGAAGCAGGAGCAGGAGCAGGAGCAGCAGGAGGAGCAGCAAGUCGAGGCAGAGUCCGAGCAGACAGAGGCCGAGGUCGAGGAGGGAAAGCCGGAGGAGACCAAGUAA